GGUGUAACGACAUACACGAACACCCACACAACUAGCUAACAUGGCAACUGUAUCCUCGGCAUGCAUUUCCAUGGCUGUACUACUACUUCUCCUACUACUUUCAUUCAUCUCAUGUUCUUCUCCGAGUCCAACCGCCGGCAACGGCAGCGAUGCUGAUCGCACCGCCUUGUUAUCUUUCAAGGUCCAAUUUUAUGACCCCUUUGGCAUCCUUGACAAAAACUGGACCAUGGAGAGUUCUUUCUGCCACUGGGUGGGCGUCACAUGCAGCCGCCGCCGACAGAGGGUCACUCGACUGUCACUGCCAUACAGAUCCCUCCAUGGGCCGAUCACUCCUCUAUUGGGUAACCUCUCUUUCCUUUCUUUCCUAGACAUCACCAGCACCAACCUCACUGGCUCCAUCCCAACUGAUCUUGGCAAUCUACAUCGUCUCAGAUAUCUCCUUCUAGGUGAAAAUAGCCUAUCAGGUGCCAUUCCUCCUAGCCUAGGAAACCUGGCAGGGCUUAAGGUCUUUGAUUUACGGCACAACCAACUCUCGGGCCAGAUACCUCCAGGGUUGUUGCUGCAUAUGAACAACCUUGAGGAGAUUUAUCUACAAAGAAAUUAUUUGAGUGGGCAAAUACCACCUUAUCUGUUCAACAACACUCCUUCCUUGAGGUACCUCAAAUUUGGAAACAAUAGUCUAUCAGGUCCUAUACCAGAUGGUGUUGCCUCCCUGCCCAUACUUGAGAUCUUAGACAUGCAGUACAAUAAGCUUUCCAGCCUAGUGCCAGAAGCUAUGUACAAUAUGUCUAGACUACACGUCAUGGCACUCACUGGCAAUAGGAACCUAACCGGGCCAAUACCAAGCAAUCAAACAUUCAGCCUCCCAAUGUUGCAAUUUAUUUCUCUCGCACAAAACAGGUUUACUGGUCAGUUUCCAAAAGGUAUUGCAUCAUGCCAAUACUUGAGAGAGAUUUAUUUGCAUACCAAUUCUUUUAUGGAUGUUGUGCCAACAUGGCUAGCUAAAUUGACACACCUCGAAAUAGUUUCCUUGGGGGGAAAUGACCUCAUUGGUUCAAUCCCACACGUUCUUAGCAAUCUCAGCAGUCUUACAGUACUAGAGCUCUCUUUUGGCAACUUGAAAGGGAAUAUUCCACCAGAAAUAGGAAAACUCCAAAAACUUUCAUAUUUGCUUCUUAUGGAUAAUCAACUGUCUGGCUCAGUACCGCCAACACUUGGAAAUAUUGUUGCUUUGAAAAAGCUUGUUCUAUCACACAACAAAUUAGAGGGGGGCAUGGGCUUCUUGUCCGCUCUUUCUGGAUGUAGACAACUUGAACGCCUUAUCCUGAACUAUAAUUCUUUCAUAGGUGCCCUUCCAGACCAUGUGGGCAAUCUCUCAACAAAGUUAAUUAGUUUCAUUGCAAAUCAAAAUAAAUUAACAGGCAGGCUUCCAUCAACAAUUUCAAACUUAAGUAGCCUUGAACUGUUAGAUCUUGGAUACAACCAACUCACUGACUUAAUUCCAGAAUCAAUCACUAUGAUGGAAACUCUUGUGUUGCUUGAUAUCUCUAACAAUGAUAUUUUAGGCCCUAUGCCAACAAAAAUGGGUAUGCUUUUGGGUCUAGAACGACUAUUUCUUGAAAGAAACAAAAUAUUUGGCUCCAUACCAGAUAGCAUUGGUAAUCUUAGCAGGUUAGAAUACAUUGACUUGUCCAAUAACAGGUUAAGUCAAACACUACCGGCAAGCUUAUUCCAACUUCAGAAACUUAUCCAAGUAAAUCUUUCUUAUAAUUCAAUUGUUGGUGCUCUGCCAAAUGAUGUUGCUGGGCCAAGACAAAUCGACCAAAUUGAUAUUUCAUCCAAUUCCUUGAACGGGAGUAUCCCAGAAUCAUUUGGUCAACUUAAUAUGCUAACCUACCUAAUUCUGUCACACAACUCAUUCGAAGGUUCAAUUCCUAGCACACUUGAUAAGCUAACUAGCUUAACCUCAUUAGAUCUCUCCUCCAACAAACUCACUGGUGCCAUUCCCAUGUUCCUUGAAAACCUUACCGACUUGUCUAUGUUGAACCUCUCCUACAAUAGGCUAGAAGGUCAAAUACCCGAGAGAGGUAUUUUCUCAAACCUCACGGCACAAUCUUUCAUUGGGAAUGCUGGGCUUUGUGGUUCUCAACGUCUUGGAUUUUCUCCUUGCCAUAAAAAGUCCCCCCCUUAUAGUAGUCAUCUUCUCAAAUUUCUACUCCCAGCUAUCCUGGUAACUUGUAGCGCCCUUGCUAUUUUUUUGUACCUAAUGAUUGAAAAGAAGCAUAAAAUUUUCAAAGCUCACGGCGAUGUGGUAGAUGCCACAAGCCAUCAAUUAGUCUCCUACCAUGACCUCGCCCGUGCCACUCGGAAUUUCAGUGAUGAUAACAUGUUAGGGUCUGGAGGAUUUGGAAAAGUAUUCAAGGGACAACUUAGUAAUGGUUUGGUUGUUGCAAUAAAGGUUCUUGACAUGAAGCUUGACCAUGCCAUCAGAGUCUUUGAGGCCGAGUGUCAUGUGCUCCGGAUGGUGCGGCAUCGUAACCUCAUAAAAAUACUCAACACAUGUUCAAACAUGGACUUUAGAGCAUUGGUUCUUCAGUUCAUGCCCAAUGGCAGCUUGGAGACACUGCUACAUCGUUAUGAUGGCACAAUGUACCUAGGAUUCAUGGAGAGGAUGGAUAUCAUGCUCGAUGUGUCAAUGGCAAUCAAUUAUCUCCACCAUGAGCACCACGAGGUGGUUUUGCAUUGUGAUUUGAAGCCUAGCAAUGUGUUAUUUGACAUGGACUUGACGGCGCAUGUGGCGGACUUUGGCAUUGCAAAGAUGCUAUUAGGUGAUGACAAUUCGAUGAUUGUUGCUAGCAUGCCUGGAACGGUUGGUUACAUGGCACCAGAAUAUGGGUCUAUGGGAAAAGCAUCACGUAAGAGUGAUGUAUUCAGCUAUGGAAUCAUGCUUCUUGAAGUUUUCACUCGAAGGAGACCUAUGGAUUCUAUGUUUGUGGGAGAACUAACCCUUAGAGAGUGGGUUCGUCAGGCGUUUCCUGCAAAUCUUGUCCACGUCGUGGAUAGCCAUCUACUGCAAGGCUCAUCGCCUUCCAUCCGCAACUUGAAUGAAGAUUUUCUUGUAUUGAUAUUCGAGUUGGGUUUGCUCUGCUCUAGCCAUUCGCCUAACAAGAGGUUGACGAUGAGCGAUGUGGUUGCGAUAUUGAAGAAGAUCAAGGUGGAAUACACCAAAAGGAUGUCAGCGAAAGAGAGUGUGGAUUAGUAAAUCACCUGCACUUGUGUAUCUAUCUUGUUCCUACUCUGAGAACAUCCAUCAAUGGCACUAGAUAAUCCACUUACUUCCUAGAGAUUAUGUUGUUAACCUGUCUUGGUUAUAUGUUGUUGUUUUUAAAACUAUGUUCCUCGGUUCCAGCCAUGUUGGCGUGUAAUGGGGUGCAUUAGUUGUUA